CAAAGAUGACAUCUCGACACGUGACUGCAUUGUUGGAACCUGAAUUUGUUUUGAGACGACACCUUGAAGCAUAAUGUAAUCCAGCCGGCAGUGUGUCGAAGACCUCCAAUCUUUGAUUGCCAACUGCCUUCAUGCUUUACCGUCGCUUUACCUCUCGCAAGUCCAUUGGUCGAUUUGUGUACCGUACAGGUAUCAGAAAAGCGUCCAGUCUAGUUGGCAAAUCCGGUCGUGUUUAUAAACACGACCAAGUGCUCCAGAAACGGUGGGGCCAGAAACCUAGUGUCCUGAAAGCCUUCUCCGGAGACGAAUCUUUCGUCCUUAAACGGGUCCGUAAACAUUUCUACGAGCUCUCACAGACACUUGCAGCGGAGUUCGCGGGCUCUCGUCGCCUUCGAAUGCAUAUCGACUGCAGUGAAAGGGAAGAUAUUCUUGUCUAUCCAUAUUACAGAGAAACCCUACUUGAUAUCAUCCAGAGCGAUCCUGACUUUCCGAUAACGGAACGAAAGAAAAUUCUGCAACGUGUCGGAGAGGCAAUACAAGAGCUUCAUGCUAGAGACUGGAUCCACAUCGAUGUGAAGCCUGAUAAUAUCUUAGUCAAUUGGACAAGCGAUAGCAGCGGCCAAAAAACAGUCAGCGAUGUAGCUCUGGGCGACUUUGAUCUUGUCUUCAAAUCUGAAGGAGGCAAGACACGUGAAACCCCUUAUGCAGUAGGAAAUGCAAUGUGGCGAAGUCCUGAAGGACAAACUGGAAGAGGUGUGACAAAAGCGUCCGACAUAUUCUCAUUUGGUCUUGUUUGCAUUUACACGCUAGGUGGUGGAGAGUUCCUGCUGUUGAAUGAUUACAAAGAGCUUGCAGAACGAGGCGUAUCAGCAGAACAAGAGAUUCUUACUCGGCAUUUUACCUACUUUGGACCAGUUACUGAAGGACUUUAUAAGCAGGUUGAUGACAAGAAUUGGUGCGAGGCCAUGAAGAGUUCAUCCGAGAGAGCAGAUUGGCUAGCUAAAGAUGAUCCUGAAUUGAGAUUCUCUUGGUGGUCGCAAGAGCUUGGUUCGGCGGCAAAAGACAUGAUAUGUGGGAUGACCGAUUUGGAUCCGGCUGCUAGGUUGCCUAUAGAUCAUGUUUUGUCACAUAGUUGGUGGCAAGAUGUGGAUUAAAAUCUAUCCUCAUCAGUCGUUACAGACACCUCUCAGCGUCAUUUAGAGUUGCUGCUCGCUUGACAAACAUACGAAGUAGUACCACCGAAUUCACAAGCCUGAAACAACUUUAACUUAUCAAAAGUCUUAUUGUUUGGAAG